CGGAAGAUAGGAGGAGGGGAAUGACUACAGCAAGAGAGUAGGAGGAGGAGGGAGGAGGGAGGGAGGACAGUUUCCUUUCUGUAACACGCUUACAUGAACACACCACCGGGAAAGAGGGAAGAAAAUAAUCGAGAAGGAAACAUAGCAGCCCCUGCGUCCGCCUGCGCCUCCAUCCAUUUGGUUGUUUUUUUUCUUCUUCCAAGAGGGGUGCGCUUUUUUCCCCUCCUCUUUUUGCGCAGACUUGCGGACUAAUAUGGAAAGACAGAGCUCCCGAUGAGGAUUGGCUUUCAGUGAACCUCUUUGCUAAUAGGAAGAAAAAAAAGAAAAGGCGAGAGGGAAGACAUGUUGGGGGGCUGCUCGUCUUGAGCUCGCGUUGCGCUCUCUUGGAACGGGGCGAAUGGAGGCUGACCAGGUUGCUCAGGAGCCAUUAUUGCGCGCGCUGUUUGUUUAAUUGGUUUUGUUAUGGUCAGAAAUAAGGUAGGCCUCUAAGGCAGCCCUGCAGUAAAUAAAUACACGGUCAGCAGACCGGGGGGGUAGGGGGGAAGCUUUUUGGUUUGAAAGUAACCUGAUCUUUUAUGGAUAGAUUUGUUUUUGGAACAAUCCCAAUAUUUAUUUUUUUUUAUUUUUGGUGUUAGGAGAGCAAUCCUCAAGGCAGAAUUAAAGGCCCAGCUUGAUUACGCGUGAACUUGGCACAUAUAGACGCUUUCCUGAAUCCUCCACCGCCUGGAUUUGCGCGCAGAGGUGUGGGGAGAGUACAGAAAAAGAGGGGGUGAUCAACUCAUUUUCUAGCCUGGAACGUCGGCACAAAGAGGUUUUUUCCCAAUGUUAAUGUCGACCGACGUUGCUUCCAUUAUGCUGCCCGUGUCCCGGGCUCUCAUAGACCGGGACAGAGAGCUGGACACCAUGCCCGGGGUGCAUCCCAACCCGGGCGGCGCUCCCGCAGUCGUCCGGGGCAUGAAGCGCGGGGACCCGGAGCCCGACGCGCAGACGGCGGUCGCGCUGGUGGACUCCAGCGGAGCAGAGUGCAAGCGCCCACGCAUCGACGGCUCGGGAGGGCUCGGCGAGGUCGGCCAGAAUAACGACCCAUUGACUCUCGGUUACCACGGUUACCCAACUCACAGUCAGGGCUCUCAGGAUAGUGCUGGCGGUCAGGAGGGACUGGUACCUCCACCUUUCUCCGCGUUCCCACCUCCCCCACCACCACCACCGCAGAACGGCCUGACCUUGGACUACGGGGGCAGUCUCUACGCGACGGGGGCCGUUCAGGGCCCCGUGGAGGCCGGCGGAGCGGGAAACGGCGUGGUCAACCCUGCCAACAGCCUCAGCGCUCAAUCAGAUGGGUCCUCUCAGAUUGACGGCCAGUCUGGAGUCGGUUCGGGAGGAGGGGGUGGGGGCGGGGGCUCCGGGGACGAUUCUGACGCCAAGGGGACCCCCAAACGCCUCCACGUCUCCAACAUCCCCUUCCGCUUCCGUGACCCCGACCUACGGCAGAUGUUUGGGCAAUUUGGCAAAAUCCUUGACGUGGAGAUCAUUUUUAACGAGAGAGGCUCCAAGGGCUUCGGUUUUGUAACGUUCGAGUCGAGCGCAGAUGCGGAGAGAGCCAGAGAGAAGCUCCACGGUACCCUGGUGGAGGGGCGUAAAAUCGAGGUCAAUAACGCUACAGCCAGAGUGAUGACAAACAAGAAGAUGACCACACCGUACUCUAAUGGAGAGGGCCUUGCAGCACUACCAUACGCUGGUUGGAAGUUAAGUCCAAUGGUUGGAGCCAUGUACAGUCCUGAACUUUAUACAGUACCGGGAUUCCCGUACCCAGCAGCGGCAGCAGCCGCUGCCUCCACCGCUGCAACGUUUCGAGGCGCUCACCUGCGGGGGCGUGCCCGACCCGUCUACAGUGCCGUCAGAGCGGCCGUCCCCCAGCCCGCCAUCCCUACAUAUCCAGGCGUGAUGGCGUAUCAGGAGGGUUUUUACGGUGCCGCUGACCUCUAUAUUAGAUCACUACUGACAGAAGAAACCAGAUCAGCUCCUCAAAGUCUUGGUCUUCCUCUACCAGGCGGCUAUGCAGCGUAUCGCUACGCCCAGCCUGCUGCUGUAGCAACUCCGGCAGCCGCGGCCGCAGCAGCUGCAGCGUACAGUGACAGCUAUGGACGAGUUUACACGGCAGACCCAUACCAUGCUGCUCUCGCGCCAGCUGCCUAUGGGGUUGGAGCCAUGGCUACGCUCUACAGGGGGGGCUACAGUAGAUUUGCCCCUUACUAAAGACACUACACUUCCCAAGGAGCUCUUCUCUUCCAUUGAAUUAGUCUGAAAGAGCUCCCCCUGGUGUCAUGGAGGUGGAUUGCACCCUGCUGUAAAGCGUGGAGCCGACCACAACAAAGAUAUUUCAGACCCCCCCCCCACCCCAGAGAAGUCCCACAUGUUCUUAUAUACGCUACUACAUAAAUAGAGGAAUGCUGUAUUAAAGACUGAAGGAUGGCCUUAACUUUAAAAGAAGAAAUAAAAAAAAAAUUAAAAAAAAUGAAGACUGAUGACGGCCACCUUCCCUGUUGCACGACUGUAUUAUAGUCCCCUCCCUCUCCUCUUAUCCCCUCGGCACUCAGCUGCACAAGGUUUGGGGACGGGAGCCCAGAUGUUCUUCCAACAGCUGUGUGUGCGGACGCGAGAAACGGCUCGUGCAUGAAAGAGCCCGGCGCCGGUCGAGGCCGUCCGUUUGAGGAAAGAGAGCGCGGGGGAAACGAAACCGUGGUAGAACGCGAUGACGGGAAGUGUCUGGAACCAUGGUGGCGAAGGCACUCAAAAGACAAAAAAAGAAAAAAAAAAAGCAGCAGUGAAUCCUCCCAAAUGCAGGAGGAGGAUGGCGAGGAGACGAGGCGCAUCUCUGCACUGUUGCGUGGAAAGCUGACGGAGGGAGGGUUUAUUAGAGCUGUUCCUUACCUCAAGUUUUCUUAGUAUGUGGAAAUGGUAAACCUUUAAACUUAAAGUUCUUGAUAUGCAAAGAAAUUAGUUUAGAGAGAAAAAAAGUACCAAAUUAUUACUAUUAUUAUUAUUAUUAUUACUGUUGUAAUUACUCAUUAUUAUGAUGCCGUUAUUUUGUUUGACUCAGCUGCAUAGCAGUUGCUGGUGUGAUGGAGGUUCAACAAAAAAAUAGAUCAUAAAUGUAGUAUCGACAUUGCAAAUACUCCAGAUAUAUAACACGAGUGUCUCACAUUCUCCUGCAUGGGAUCUCACCAAACUGUGUGCAAGCAACACUACGGACAGUGCGACACUACAGACCUUCUCCUCUUUAGUUCAGUCCAAAACUAGAUCCGCCCACAAGCCUGCAGCUCAGGUACUCGAUGAUCCAAACCAACUUUUAUCUCGAUCCUCCUCCCCGUGCUCCGUCUUUUAUAGAGUCCAGCAUCGAUUGAGUCUUCCUUAAGUAUAUUUUAGAUGGUAAUUGCAUUAAAGAUGCUGCCAACAGCAAUUACCGAACAAGAGAGAGAUUCAGUUAGUGAGUUAAUAGCAAAUAUUUAAAUGCAAAACACAUAACUAUUGUGCAUAUUUCUAUACUAUUGUACACUAUAUUUCUAAAACGUGGCUUUUUGGCUUUUUUUUUGUUUGUUUGUGUUCCAAAGAUUUGUAGAAAGCACAUUUUUCUGCCGUAUGUAUAAAUAUAUUCUGUGUUUUAUUCUUCUCAUUAUCCUAUCGUCUCUUUUUAUCUUUUUUUUUGUUAUAAUAUUGAGCCAAUCGGGGCUGGUAUUUUUUUAGCCUUGAUCGAUCAUAGGAUUUGCCGGCAUGACGCUGAAUCAUAAAAAUGACAUAAACAGCUGGACUUUUCUCUUAUCGGUCUUUUUAUGUGUUGAAUUUCUGCAGAGUUGAAGUGAACGAGUAUAGAUGUGUGGCACUUUGGUUCAAAUCAUUUGUGUACUUUUCUGUUUUCUAUUUACUACAAUUUAUGUUUUUGAUUCUUUGGUUUUCUAAAGCAGAUUCCUGACAUUUCAGUGGUUAAAUCUGUCAGCUUGCUCCAGAUUUCCAGUAAGUGUUUAUUAUCCGUACAUACAGAAUGUGAUCUGUGUUCAAAAUAGGUCCUUAAAAUUUAUUUCAACUUUUGUUUCCGUUUCUCACGUUUGCAAAAAACGUCAAAUUAUUGUUUUUUUUUAAAGACAUACUUCUUCUCGCAGUGUAACUUUUUAUUGGGGAGGGAUAAUAUAUUCUGAACAAUAUAGAAUGUGUUCUAGAGAAAAAAAAAAUAAGGGCACAAGCCAAAGACGGUAAGAGUCCCCCAGCAUGUUCUGGUUUCUAACUUUAAAAAGUGCUACCAAAACAAGAAGAAAAAAGGACUUUUUGGAACCACUGAUGGCAUGGAUAAACCAGCAUGAGCGAUCCUUGUCCAGGUUAAAAAAAAGGUUUUGCAUGAAUCUUGUGUCUUUUUAUAUUUGGAGCUGCAGAUCCUGCUGCACCCUUUACCACUAAAUUUCUGUACGGGCAGCUGGUGGUCAGUCACUAGUUAACAUGAGCACAGUACUGUUUGGCAAAAAAAAAAGACAUGUAAAAAAAUAUUAUUAAUGACAUAAUGUGGCAGCUUCAUUUUCCUAUCAUGGUUUUUAUGCCACGCUGUUUAAGAAAAACAUUUAAAAAGUGGUCAUUUUUGGUAUUUUUCUCAUCAAAUAGUCCUGUCUUGUUUUGAUCCUCCUUGACUGCCAUUAUUAUCAUUAUUAUUAUUAUUAUUAUUAUUAUUUUGGGGUUAUUUUGUUAUUGAAUGUCCAUGUACAAUGUUUUAUAUAAAAAUGUUUUGUUGUGACUGAGA